AACAUAUACAAACAAUGUUACGACCUCUUUCGACAAGUGGGACUACACCGAGCCCAUCCACUUUGCCUCCGCCGUCGCCUCCGCCGUCCUCGUCUUCUCCGGCGCCUCCCUCUUCGUCACCUACAUGCUCUUUGAAAAACUCCGAACUCUGCCCGGAAAAUGUACGAUGAACUAUGGACUCGCUAUUGCCAUUUCGCAGAUUUUCUUUACUGUUGCACCAGUAAUGACGGCAAACCAGGACGUGUGCACUGCGAUGGGAGUGUGUCUUCACUACUCCUUGCUCUGUCAGUUCACGUGGUCGAGCGUCCUGGCAACCAAUCUGGUCAGGACGUUUGUCUUUGAUCGGUUAUUACGCAAUGCGCAGUCAAAGCAAUCGCAGUCUCGCACCUACACUCUCUACUGUCUCUACGGAUGGGGAGCUCCUUUCGUCAUGUCGAUGACUGCUCUCAUAUUGGAUCAGAAGACAGACGUCGAUAUCUACUUCGCAAGCAGCUACCUUUGCUGGCUGCAACCCGAAGACGCGAAUCUCAUCGCCUUUAUGGUACCCGUUGCCGCCAUUUUGUCGUACAAUCUCAUUGCUUUCGUCGUCGUCACGUUUUCUAUCUGUCGUCUGUCUAGAGCGGGAUCCGCCGCUCGCAGUGAGAUGGCGGACACGAAGGGUAGAUCGGCCAAACACACGAAGGUAUUUCUCGGCACGUUCAGCCUUCUCAGCUUGACGUGGAUUAUUGCGUUUUUGGCUUCUAUCGACGGAAAGAGACCUUGGUUGUGGGCCAUUUUCUCUGGCGGUUGCAUCCUUCAGGGAAUAUUUCUCUUUGUCGUAUUCGUACUAAACAAAAACGUCCGACGUCUGUACGCCAAUCUGCUGAAAAAUGCGCGGAAAGAGGAGCGUGUGCUUCCGCGAUACCUUUCGAAGUACGCGCCUGUGGAGAAUCAUGCAUUUGAGAUCGACGAGAAAAGUGAAAGUGAAAUCCGCCAAAUCGGCGAGUGACCUCAAAAUUGAACGUAGUAGAGACGUCGGCUUGUUAAAUCUAGAGACACAUGCAUGCGUGCAGUAUGUAUAUAGCCGUAUAGCCCGAGUCUGCUGUGCAGUAUAGCACAAAGCUUAUCGCUAACUAGUAGUAUGAUUGCUUGCCUAUAGAUACGCUAAGCUUGUGUACACCAAAAUAUUAAUACUGUACAUGUAUUAUGUGAAAAUGUGACAAU